ACUUCCUGGAAGAUGGGGUGUACUGAGCGCCACACGAAGCAGAGAAAGGAGAGAGUGGUUGGCAGAGAGAGGGCGCGAAUGCAGUGCGGUUUGCUCUCUCCACUCAGACACUGGCCACGAGCAGCACGCCAUGAGUGAUGGUUUUCAGAUGGAAGCCCUCAGGACUUCUUCUAAGAGCUAUGAAUCCAACAAACAGUCGUCGAGCUAGGACCUCCACAACUUCUGUUAAAGCCACGCCUGCCUUCACGUCGCACUUGCGGUGGCCUGCCCAGCCAUGGGAAGUGUCAGCAGUCUGAUCACUGGCCACAGCCUCCACAGCAAACACUGCCGUGCCACGGAGUACAAGCUCAAGAGAGGCCCCCAGCCCAAACGGACAGGCCGCAACCUGGAUGGCCUGCUGCGACACGGCUUCUGCCACGAGCCUGCAGGCGAUCCCGGCAAGGCAGGCUUCCGGCCAGGCAGGAGUGAAGACUUCUUCUACAUCAAGGUGAGCCACAAGCCCCGGACGCCGCAGCAGAGGCAGCCCCACGUUGAGGACAAUGCAGAGGACCCUACUGACAUGGAAACGGGCAGCGGCACACCUCCGCAGUUGGUGCCAAUGUCUGGUAAACUAGAAAAGGGCAUUGAGAAGAGCUUGAUAAGGCCUACAGCAUUCAAGCCUGUCAUCCCCAGGAGCAGCUCUACAACAGAUAGCCGCAGCCUAAGCCAGGGGGUCAAUAAAGGGCUCAGCCCCACAGACAGGGGGAAGGAGCCAUCAGAACAGAGGCUAGACGCCAAUUCAGGAACACUUUCAGACUCGGGACGAAACUCAAUGUCCAGUCUGCCCACCCACAGUACCAAUGGCAGUGCCCAGACAGACAACUUCAGCACCACUGUUGGUGCAUUGGCCCGCUGCGGGGGCUCUGCCCACAGUGCGGGACCUACACAGAACCCAAGCUGUGUUGCAGGGGGCAACAUGGGCAGCGCUGGCAGCAGCAGCAAGCUCAAUCCCUCUGGAGACGGAGCAAGAACUCAGCCAGCAAGUGAGGGCACUUCCCCCGAAAGGCGAAACCUCUUUCCGGAGUGUAAGGGGGGCUGCAUGCGUUCUCCCAUUUCCAUGGACGAGUCCCUUAUUGAGCUUCUUGAGCAGAGACUGCUAGAGAGGGAGAAUGAGCUCCAGGAGCUACAGGUCAGCUUUGAAGAAAAGGAGGCUGACACCUGCAAGCUUUUCCAGGAUAAACAAAGGCACUGUGCUGAGGAGAUGGAGGGUCUCAAGCAAAGAUGCUCCAGCCAGCUACGACAGGCCUCCCAGAAGGCACUCAGGGCCCAGCAGCUCUUGCAGCUCCAGGUCUUCCAGCUGCAGCAGGACAAGAAGAAGCUGCAAGACGACUUGGCCCAGCUGUCGAAAGAGAAGGACCAGAUGGAAGUCAAGCUAAGGUCUUACGAGACUAAACAGACUCAGCUGGCUCCAACUCUGGAGGAAACUCAGUGGGAGGUUUGCCAGAAGUCUGGGGAGAUCUCCCUUUUGAAACAGCAGCUGAAGGACUCUCAGGCAGAUGUGAGUCACAAGCUGAGUGAAAUCGUGAGCCUCAAAGCUACACUUAAGGAAACCAAAAUAAAGAUGGAAGCACUGGAGCAGAAAAUCAAGGAACAAGAAGAAGCAGUCCGUUCUAAAGCUGUGGAAGUGGAGGUGUGCGAAAACGAAUUACAACGGAAAAAGAACGAAGCUGACCUGCUCAGAGGCAAAGUGAUACAGCUGGAAACAGACAUCAGGAUUAUGAGGCAAGACCUAGUCCUGGCCAAAGAACUAGGCAGCGCGCGUCAAGUCCAAGAACGAGAAUCAGUCAAAGGUCAACCUGAGGGGGGCGAAGACACAGAGGCCCUUCAGAGAGCACUGGAGAAACUGAAGGAAGAACUGAAGGAGGAGAGGAAGCAGAAGGAGGACAUGGUCAGCAGCUUCCAGCUAGAGAGGCAGACAUGGGACAGGGAGAAGGACAAAGUUAUCCGGUACCAAAAGCAACUACAGUAUAACUACUUGCAGAUGCACAGAAAGAAUCAGGACCUGGAGAAGCUCCUGAGGGAGCUCACCGCUGAGCUGGAGAGCCGACCAGAGGUGGACUUAGAUGUCCAGAGUGCGGACAUACACUUUGAGGACAUCAUAGCCACUGAGAUAUGAACCGGCGGGCUGAAUCCGGAUACAUACAUGACAUACGUAGAUACGUGCACACCACCUACAUUUUGCUUCCAAAGGUACUCAAGGCAUUUUUUCAAGUCUUCUUGAAAUUUCUUACAGGUAAAUGGUGGUUACCUACAAAGAUGUCUAUAUUUUAACUAGUGAUGGCUAUUUAUUUUCAUAAACAAAAAAGGGUAAAGAAUACAUGAAAAUGUAUAUUUAAAAAAGAAAGCUAAAUCGAUUUAAGGCACUUAGUGUAAUGGAGCCAAGACGAAACAUACAGUACAUAUUGAUUUUACAUGUUUUGACACCUGUGUGAGGGCACUGGAUUCAUGAAAAACACUGGUUUGCGUUUUUCCAAGGUUGUAUUGGACUGCGGUAUUUAGAUGUAGUGAACCUUUAAAUGCUUUAAAUUAUUGUCUGCAACUGAGCAAGUCCCAAUGAAAGAACAGUGACGUGCACUGUCACGUUUUCUCGGUACGAGUGCCAGGAUGGGGGGAAUCUGAGAAACUGACAGGAAUUUCCGAGACUGUCUGAAAAGCCAAAUUACACAACCUUGAGGGAGCAAUGUGUAUCUGCGAAAGGUUGACAUUUUCAGAAAUAACAUCAGAUGCCGUUCCAGAUUUUUGAUCUACGUCGUCCUUAGAAGGAAAAAAAAAAACAAAUGAAAGCAGAAAAAGAGUAACUAUCAGACAGUCAACUUCGUGAUCUAUAAAGACAACAUUUAAUCAUUAAAGUUACAAAAACAAAUUUGUUA